AUGGCUCCCCAAAUUCCCGAGGAGCAAUGGGCUCAGGUUAUUGAGAAGACGGGCGCGCCCCUCCAGUACAAAAAGAUCCCCGUGGCAAAGCCCGGUCCGGAUGAAGUCCUCGUAAACAUCAAGUACUCAGGCGUCUGCCACACCGACCUUCACGCAUGGCAGGGCGACUGGCCUUUGGCUACCAAGAUGCCCCUUGUCGGUGGUCACGAGGGUGCUGGCAUCGUCGUUGCACGCGGUGAACUCGUAGAGGAUGUUCAGAUUGGCGACCACGUUGGUAUCAAGUGGCUAAACGGCUCUUGCUUUGCGUGCGAUUUCUGCCAACAGAGUGACGAGCCACUGUGCCCGAAACCUCAGUUGUCAGGUUACACCGUCGACGGCACUUUCCAAGAGUAUUGCAUUGGAAAAGCCGCACACGUUGCUCGGAUUCCUAAGGAACUUCCACUAGACGCCGUUGCACCAGUGUUGUGCGCCGGUAUCACCGUCUACAAGGGCCUGAAGGAGUCUGGUGCUAAGCCCGGUCAAUGGGUGGCCAUCGUCGGUGCAGGUGGAGGUCUUGGUUCGCUUGCCCUACAGUAUGCGAAGGCUAUGGGACUCAGGGCCAUUGCCAUCGAUACUGGUGAUGAGAAGAAAGAGAUGUGUAUCAACCAGCUGGGUGCCGAGCACUUUGUCGAUUUCUCAAAGUCCAGCAACGUGGUCAAGGACGUACAAGCUGCAACACCAGAUGGUCUAGGCCCCCACGCCGUACUGCUCGUCGCAGUGAACGAGAAACCGUUUCAGCAAGCCGCCGAGUACGUCCGUCCCCGCGGUACGGUCGUCUGCAUUGGUCUGCCAGCUGGUGCAUAUCUGAAGGCUCCCGUCUUCGAGUCAGUUGUCAAGAUGAUCACCAUCAAGGGAUCGUACGUGGGCAACCGCAAGGAUUCCGCCGAAGCUAUUGAUUUCUUCGCAAGAGGUCUAAUUAAGUCGCCAUUCAAGACUGUUGGCUUGUCAGAGCUUCCCAGUGUGUACGAGAAGAUGCAGAAGGGCGAGAUCGUGGGCCGGUACGUCUUGGACACUUCGAAGUAG